AUGAUUAGUCCGUGGCUCGAAAACGUCUUCAACGUUACUGCCUUUGAUCAGUCAUUGAACAAUUAUGUCUCUAAUACCUUAGUAUCGUCCAAGUAUGUCGAUCUGCUGGGAUGCGUGGGUCAGAACACAACCGCAACGAACGAUUACUACGCCCAAUAUACCAUCAGUGUGAUCUGUAGCAGCAUCGUUCAGAGCUCAAUUGAUGAGUGCAACUUGUCCGUCAAACAAUCCGAACCAAUCUGCGCAGCAACAUGUGCCUUGAUGGCCACCAGCGAGGAGGAAAUUGUGGUCAACAGUGAUCUCUGCUCAAUUACUAACAAGGACUAUAUGAGCCAGAUUCGCUCCGACUUUACCAUUUGCUCAAAUCCCACAAAUUCGCUCACCACAGGCUGUGUGGAUGGAUCAACUAACGAGCCAAAUAACUGCGGCUUCUUAAACAACACAAUCGGGCUCUGCACUUUCUGUCAAUCCAGUUCCUUCAACUCGACCGAUGCAUGCUGCACAAGCGCCAAUGCCACCACUCGCUGCAGUGGCAUCACCAUUCCCACCUCAACCGCAACUUUACAGCCGAUCACAACUGCCACCACCUCUGCUGCCGCCAGCAACAAAGGACAUGGUCUCUCCGGCGGGGCUAUUGCCGGGAUAGUGAUUGGAUCGGUCGCUGGAGUGGCCAUAUUGGUGGCACUUAUCGCUCUGCUUUUGAUCUGCUGCCGACGUCGUCGCCGUGCGCGUCAGACCGAGGCUACGUUGAACCAGCCAAACCCACAGAGGGUAGGAUUUGCACCCCAUAUGCAGCAAGUGGAAUCGCCAGAACACAACAUGGCUCCAGGCGGUCGUGUGGCACGCAUGUCAGCCUUGCGCGAGGUCCCUAGCGUUUCUUCACCGGCUCACUCACGAACAUCGGCCGCCAUGUUUGGUGCAGCUAAAUAUAGUGAUACUUCUGAUUCGGAAGCCACAGGAGCCAGCCCCGGUGCCAUGUCCAGGCGUAUCCCCCCGGUGACUGGAAAACGCCAUGCAUCCCUGUCAACAAGCUCAAUUGUCGCUGGACUAGAGAGUGAAAGCUCGCCUCGGUCCAAUACUACCGGACAACAUUCUUCUCCAGAAGGCGUGGCUAGUGGACAAUCAGAGCAGUUGUCAGUGUUCCAUGAUUACUACUCGCAAGAUGACAUCUACCCGGGUGAUCACGUGGCUGUCCUUUGGCCAUAUUCUCCACGAGCGGGUGAUGAGUUCGAACUCGAACGUGGUGAGAUGCUAAAGAUCAUUGGCAUCUGGGACGAUGGCUGGGCUACGGGUGUUCGCCUUUUCGAGCGAGCAGAGGAUUAUGAUAUUCGCCAUAGUGAACAGCGUGAUAGUGGAGUUUCCCACGGUUCCCAACGACCCGGAUCAUCGCCAGCAGCAUCCUCGGGCGAGAUCAAAGCAUUCCCGUUGGUCUGCAUCUGUCUUCCGCAGUACUGGCGGAAGAUCAUCGACUGCAGCCUAGAAGAGGAUGAUACCUAA